AUAUCGAUCGCUCGAUAAUGUUCGAUCCGGGUUGGAUCGGCCAGUGCUUGGCGAUAUAAAAGUGUAUCAACAACCCGGAGCAAAUCGAGUUCUUGGCACGACGCUAUGCAGCAGCUGUUUAAAGUGGUGCGGACGCUAGGUCAAUGCUCGGCGAGGGGCGCAUGGAACUUGAACCGCCUAGGAGGAGCGGGUGGCCGGAGGAGCAUCGCUUGCCUGGCAGCUCUCUCCGAGACCCAUCAGAUAUUGCAGAGGACGUGCCGGGAGUUCGCCAAUGCGGAACUGGCACCAAAGGCGCGCCACCACGAUCGCGAGGAGCUCUAUCCGGCGGAUCAGGUUCGGCGCCUGGGAGAGCUCGGUCUGCUGUCCGUGGCUGUGCGGGAGGAGUACGGUGGUUCCGGAUUGGACUACCAAGCGUACGCCAUUGGAAUGGAGGAAGUGGCGCGAGGUGAUGCCGCAGUGGCCAUCGUGAUGGGUGUGAAUAACCUGUUCCUGGGUGCAGUGCAGCAACACGGAACCGAAGACCAAAAGCGGGAUUUUCUGAUACCAUAUACACAGGGCGAAAAUAUUGCCUUUUACGCUCUCUCGGAGCCUGGAAAUGGAUCGGAUGCAGGAGCUGCCAGCACCACAGCCAAGUUGGACGGGGACGGUUACCUUAUCAACGGCACCAAAGCCUGGAUUUCAAACUCAAAGGAGGCGAGCGGAGGCCUGGUAUUUGCAACUGUGGAUAAAGCCCUGAAACACAAGGGUAUCACUGCCUUUCUCACGGAAAAGGAUGUUCCUGGCCUCUCCAUUGCCAAGAAGGAAAGUAAGAUGGGCAUGAGGGCCACGUCCACCUGCCAGCUGGUUCUAGAGGAUGUCCACGUUCCGCGAUCCCGCGUCUUAGGCAACCCCGGGGAUGGGUUCAAAAUUGCUAUGCAAUCUCUGGACUGCGGUAGGAUUGGAAUAGCCGCCCAGGCCACUGGAAUCGCCCAGGCGGCUUUGGAAUUGGCCGUCGACUACUCCCAGAAACGGAUAGCCUUCGGAAAACAGUUGGCCCGGAUGCAGCUUAUUCAACAGAAACUGGCGGACAUGGCUAGCCGGGUGGAGGCUUCCCGACUUCUCGUCUGGCGCGCCGCGUGGCUAAAGGACAACGGCUUGCCCUUCACCAAGGAGGCAGCAAUGGCCAAGCUUCACGCUUCCGAGGCGGCCACCUACUGUAGUCAUCAGUGCAUCCAGGUGCUAGGCGGAAUGGGCUACACCACUGAUCUCCCCGCAGAGCUCUACUACCGUAACUCCCGGGUAACGGAGAUCUACGAGGGAACCUCAGAGAUCCAACGCAUAGUUAUUGCUAAUGCAGUGCUCCGGGAGCUGGGUAGCGAGUGAUACUUAUCCAAGUGGAUGUUAGAAACAGGUAGCUUGCAUUUUUGUGCCUUUUAAACCAGAUAUUGCAUUUAGAACAAGUAAAGCACUCUGUGUCAUAGAUUAAAUUUUAUAA